GGUGAUACUAGUGAUACUGGUGAUACUGGUGAUACUAGUGAUACUAGUGAUACUGGUGAUACUGGUGAUACUAGUGAUACUAGUGAUGACACUAGUAGCACUGAUAUUGUAAUUGGUCGACCUGUUGAUACUGGUGAUGAUGUAACUGGUGUCGGUGGUCCGACUGGUUACUUGGGGCGUCUGCUGGUAGUCCCGAUGGACGGAAGCCACUGGGUGGGGGUUAAGGCCAUCGCCGAGGAAAUGGGUCGCCGUGGACACCAGGUUACCGUGGUGAUCCCAGAGGUGAGCAUGCGUCUGGGACCCAGCAGCCACUGCAGGACUGUGUCAUAUCCUGUCCCCUACGGCCAGGAGACAGUGGACAUGCUGAUGGACAAACAUAAAGAUAACAUUCGUGCUGCCACACUGCCCCUAGUGGAGCGGAUGACUCACCACAUGGCUAAUAUCCAGAGUGUCAGCUCCUUCAUCUACUCUGCUGAGAUCGCUGUUACCCAACUUUCUCCUGGAACACGGUCACCCGGGGGGGUAAAGGGGGAAAAAAGGGGGGGGGGGGGGGAAAAAGGGGGGAAAGGGGAGAAAAAAGGGGAAAGGGGGGGGGGGGGGGGAAAAGGGGAAAAAAGGGGAAAAGGGGGGGGGCCCGGGGGGGAAAAGGGGAAAAAAAAAAAAAAGGGAAAAAGGGGGGGGGGGGAAAAAAGGGGGAAAAAAGGGGAAAGGGGGGGGGGGGGGGGGGGGGGGAAAAAAAAAGGGGGGGGGGAAGGGGGGGAAAAGGGGGGGGGGGGGCCCCCCGGGCCGGGUUAAGGGGGGGGGGGGGGGGGGGGGCCCCCCCCCCCUUUUUUUUUGGGGAAUUGGGGGGAAAAAAAAAUUUUGUUGGGGGAAAUUUUUUGGGGGGAAAUUAAAGGGGUUUUCCUUUUGGAAAUUUGACCCCCCGGUUUGUUUUUCCCCCUUUUCCCCGGGGGAAACGGGGGGGGUUUUUUGGGGGGGGUUUUUUUUGGGGGGGGCCCCCCCCCUUUUGGCCCCCGCCCCCCCCCCCCCCUUUUUUAAAAGGGGUUCCCCCCCACCCCCCCAAAUUUUUUGCCCUCCCAAAAUUUUUUUCCCCCAAAAAGAAAAAAAUUUCCUCCCCGGCCCCCCCCCCCCCCCUUUUUUAAAAAAAAGGGUCCCCUUCCCCCCGGGGCCCCCCUUUCCCCCCAAAAACCCCCAAACCCCCCCGGGGGGUUUUUUUUUGGGGGGUUUGGGGGGUUUUUUCCCCUUCCCCCCCUUUUAAAAAAAGGGAAAUUCCCGGGGGGGGGGGCCCCCCCCCCCCUCCCCCCCCGCCCCCCCCCCCCCCCCCCGGGGGGGCCCCCAAAAAAGGGGGAAAAAAAGGGGGGGCCCCGGGGGCCCCCCCCCAAAAAAAAAAAGGGGGGAACCCCCCCCCGGGGGGGGAAAAGGGGCCCCCGGCCCCCCCCCGGGGGGCCCCCCCCCCCCCCCCAAAAAAAAAAACCCCCGGGGUUUUUUUUUAAAAAAAAAAAAGGGGGGAAAAGGGAAAAAUUUGGGUUUUUUUUCCCCCCCCUUGGUUUUUUCCCUCCCCCCCCCCUUUUCCCCCCUUUUUUUUCCUUUUUCCCCCCCCCCCUUUUUUUUUCCCCCCCCUCCCUCUCUUUUUUUCCCCCCGGGCCCCUCCCCCCCCCUCUCCCCCCCCCCCCUUUUUCCCUUUUCCCCCCCCUUCCCCCCCCCCCCCCCCUUUUUCCCCUCCCCCCCCCCCCCCCCCCCCCUCCCCCCAAGGUUUAUGCGGGUUUUACCGACCCCUGGUCCCCCACAGGCCUUUUGGGAGCCAGGCGUUUGGGCGUCCCGUCUGUGUGUCUGCUCAGAGGGAUCCCCUGUGGUCUGGACCUGGCCGCAGCCGCCUGCCCCUCUCCUCCAUCUUACGUUCCACGCUUCUUCACUCGAUACACACACAGCAUGAGCUUUCCACAGAGAGUGGGCAAUGUACUGGUGAGAACACACACGUAACCGCAUACACACACUGCACAUGCAUGCACACACACACACACACACACGACACAACCGUACACACACGUACAGUGGGGAAAAAAAGUAUUUAGUCAGCCACCAAUUGUGCAAGUUCUCCCACUUAAAAAGAUGAGAGAGGCCUGUAAUUUUCAUCAUAGGUACACGUCAACUAUGACAGACAAAAUGAGAAAAAAAAUUCCAGAAAAUCACAUUGUAGGAUUUUUAAUGAAUUUAUUGGCAUAUGAUGGUGGAAAAUAAGUAUUUGGUCAAUAACAAAAGUUUCUCAAUACUUUGUUAUAUACCCUUUGUUGGCAAUGACACAGGUCAAACGUUUUCUGUAAGUCUUCAAAAGGUUUUCACACACUGUUGCUGGUAUUUUGGCCCAUUCCUCCAUGCAGAUCUCCUCUAGAGCAGUGAUGUUUUGGGGCUGUCGCUGGGCAACACAGACUUUCAACUCCCUCCAAAGAUUUUCUAUGGGGUUGAGAUCUGGAGACUGGGUAGGCCACUCCAGGACCUUGAAAUGCUUCUUACGAAGCCACUCCUUCGUUGCCCGGGCGGUGUGUGUUUGGGAUCAUUGUCAUGCUGAAAGACCCAGCCACGUUUCAUCUUCAAUGCCCUUGCUGAUGGAAGGAGGGUUUCACUCAAAAUCUCACGAUACAUGGCCCCAUUCAUUCUUUCCUUUACACGGAUCAGUCGUCCUGGUCCCUUUGCAGAAAAACAGCCCCAAAGCAUGAUGUUUCCAACCCCAUGCUUCACAGUAGGUAUGGUGUUCUUUGGAUGCAACUCAGCAUUCUUUGUCCUCCAAACAUGACGAGUUGAGUUUUUACCAAAAAGUUAUAUUUUGGUUUCAUCUGACCAUAUGACAUUCUCCCAAUCCUCUUCUGGAUCAUCCAAAUGCACUUCAGACGGGCCUGGACAUGUACUGGCUUAAGCAGGGGGACACGUCUGGCACUGCAGGAUUUGAGUCCCUGGCAGCGUAGUGUGUUACUGAUGGUAGGCUUUGUUACUUUGGUCCCAGCUCUCUGCAGGUCAUUCACUAGGUCCCCCCGUGUGGUUCUGGGAUUUUUGCUCACCGUUCUUGUGAUCAUUUUGACCCCACAGGGUGAGAUCUUGCGUGGAGCCCCAGAUCGAGGGAGAUUAUCAGUGGUCUUGUAUGUCUUCCAUUUCCUAAUAAUUGCUCCCACAGUUGAUUUCUUCAAACCAAGCUGCUUACCUAUUGCAGAUUCAGUCUUCCCAGCCUGGUGCAGGUCUACAAUUUUGUUUUUGGUGUCCUUUGACAGCUCUUUGGUCUUGGCCAUUGUGGAGUUUGGAGUGUGACUGUUUGAGGUUGUGGACAGGUGUCUUUUAUACUGAUAACAAGUUCAAACAGGUGCCAUUAAUACAGGUAACGAGUGGAGGACAGAGGAGCCUCUUAAAGAAGAAGUUACAGGUCUGUGAGAGCCAGAAAUCUUGCUUGUUUGUAGGUGACCAAAUACUUAUUUUCCACCAUAAUUUGCAAAUAAAUUCAUUAAAAAUCCUACAAUGGGAUUUUCUGGAUUUUUCUUUCUCAAUUUGUCUGUCAUAGUUGACGUGUACCUAUGAUGAAAAUUACAGGCCUCUCUCAUCUUUUUAAGUGGGAGAACUUGCACAAUUGGUGGCUGACUAAAUACUUUUUUUCCCCACUGUAUAAACACAUACAUGGACUCAUGUACCCACACUCAUUCACACUGUUAGGUUCCAAAUAACAGGGUGAAACGGACACUUAUUAAAGCUCAAACCACUGAGUCAGACAGCUGCACAGACAAAAGACAUGUUCCAACCAGCACAGAUGUAUGUCCUCCAACUUCCCUCUAAACAUGACAUGUUUAUUGCUAGGCAGGAAGUUAAGUGAUGCAGGCAAUAAACUGUUCCUUCUCCCUUACUGUGAACUGACCUGACCUCGGCCCUCCAUUCCUCACUAAUCCACAGCUUUCCACCCCUUAUCAGUGACUGCAACCUUUCCUUUACUCAGUACAGUCCAAGCUUAAUUACCUCCACGAUAUACAUUCCUCCUACAGAUAACCAUUCACUUCUGGUGUAUAAACCAGACUGUAUAAAGGAUAACUGAUAAUCAAACCACACGCCUUCUUCCUCUGGUUCUGUAGGUGAGUCUGGUGGAGCCGUUGCUAUGCCGACUGCUGUACUGGCGCUUCGACCAGCUGGCCAAUCGCUUCCUGGGAGAGGAUGUGGGUGUGGCUGAGGUGCUGGCAGACACCGCCCUCUGGUUGCUAAGGUACGACUGCAGUUCCCCCUGCACACACACUCACACACACACACACAGACACACACACACACACUCACACACACACACUCUCUAACAUUACAUUUUGUUGUUAAUGUAAGGUAUGACUUUACGUUGGAGUUUCCCCGCCCCCUCAUGCCUAAUAUGGUGCUGGUGGGAGGGAUCAACUGCCACAUCAGGAACCCGCUGGCACAGGUGGGUGUGUUUGUGUGUGUUGGUUGGUUGGUUGGUCAAAAAUACCGCGCUGACGAAGGGUUAAAAGCCAUUGACCAGAACGUUGGUAUUUCCUGAUGAUUCUACAUGUUGGAUCGCCACCGAUCGUAACACCCACCUUCUAACCGUUCUUCAGCACUCUGUGUUUUUGUCCUAAAUGCUAUUGUAAUGCUCUUGGUGUCGCCUAAUUCAAUCUGCACUAUUAACUGUGCGUGCUUUUGUGUGUGUAGGAGCUGGAGCAGUGGGUUUCAGGGGAUCAUGGCUUCAUAGUGUUCUCUCUGGGCUCCAUGGUGUCGUCUCUACCAGAAGACAUCACUCAAGUCUUCCUACGGGCCUUCACCCUCAUACCACAGAAGGUAAACGCAGACAGACACUAUUAGACAGACCCACACACAAAGCUACCAUGAACUAACGUGUGCGUGUGUGCGCGUGCGUGUGUGCGUGUGUUUGUGUGCGCGUGUGUGUGUGUGUGUUUGUGUGCGUGCGUGUGCGCGCGCGUGUGUGUGUGUGUGUGUUUGUGUGCCGCAUGCGUGUGUGUGUGUGCGCGCGCGUGUGUGUGUGUUUGUGUGCGCGCGUGUGUGUGUUUGUGUGUUUGUGUGCGCGUGUGCGCGUGCGCGUGUGUGUGUUUGUGUGUUUGUGUGUGCGCGCGUGUGUGUGUGUUUGUGUGCGCGCGUGUGUGUGUGUGUGUGCGCGCGUGUGUGUGUGUGUGUGUGUUUGUGUGCGCGCGUGUGUGUGUUUGUGUGUUUGUGUGCGCGUGCGCGUGUGUGUGUAGGUCCUGUGGCGGUACACUGGACCUGUUCCUGGUAAUGUCCCAGACAACGUGAAGAUGAUGAAGUGGCUUCCUCAGAAUGACCUGCUGGGUACGUAGAUCUGUACUGAACAAAAAUAUAAACGCAACAUUCAACAAUUUCAAAGAUUUUACUGAGUUACAGUUCAUAUAAGGAAAUCAGUGAAUUGAAAUAAAUUAAUUAGGCAAUAAUCUAUGGAUUUCACAUGACUGGGCAGGGGCUCAGCCAUGGGUGGGCCUGGGAGGGCAUAGGUCCACUCACUGGGGAGCCAGGCCCAGCCAAUCAGAAUGAGGUUUUUCCCCACCAAAGGGCUUUAUUACAGACAGAAAUACUCAGUUUCAUCAGCAGUCCGUGUGGCUGGGAUCAGAUGAUCCCGCAGGUGAAGAAGCUGGAUGUGGAGGUCCUGGGCUGGCGUGGUUGCUUCUAUUCCCCCUGGCACAAGGGGAUUUAUGGCUGAUUUAAGAUGAAAUCGUCAACCCUGUAACUUUAUUUGGCACUUGGGCCUCCCAAGUGGCGCAGCGGUCUAAGGCACUGCAUCACAGUGCUUGAGACGUCACUACAGACCCGGGUUCGAUCCCAAGCUGUGUCGCAGCCGGCCGCGACCGGGAGACCCAUGAGGCAGUGCACAAUUCGACCAGGUUAGGGGAGAGUUUGGCCGGUUGGGAUGUCCUUGUCCAAGACUGUAACUACCAACUGGAAAUCACAAAAUAAAAAGCUUUCUUUGGCACUUACUAUAGUCACUUUUUUUUAUUUAACCUUGAGAUGGAAAACUCGUUUUUCAUGAACUUGGACAUGUGCUCUUUAUCACAGAAUGUUAAAAUGAGAUUAAAUCAAAGAUACACUUCUCAAAAGCAACCGAAUUGGUAGAACGACCCAGAUGCUUUUAUCCAAAACUGAGUACAGUACUGUCAGUCUGAUAUGUCUGGUCUGUCUUUUUAUUUUUUUAUUUCACCUUUAUUUAACCAGGUAAGCCAGUUGAGAACAAGUUCUCAUUUACAACUGCGACCUGGCCAAGAUAAAGCAAAGCAGUGCGAUAAAAACAACAACAACACAGAGUUACAUAUGGGGUAAACAAAACGUACAGUCAAAAAUACAACAGAAAAUAUAAAAGAUAUAUACAGUGUGUUCAAAUGUAGAAAGUUAUGGAGGUAAGGCAAUAAAUAGGCCAUAGUGCAAAAUAAUUACAAUUAGUAUUAACACUGGAAUGAUAGAUGUGCAAAAGAUGAUGUGCAAAUAGAGAUACUGGGGUGCAAAAGAGCAAAAUAAAUAACAAUAUGGGGAUGAGGUAGUUGGAUGGGCUAAUUUCAGAUGGGCUGUGUACAGGUGCAGUGAUCGGUAAGCUGCUCUGACAACUGAUGCUUAAAGUUAGUGAGGGAGAUAAGAGUCUCCAGCUUCAGAGAUUUUUGCAAUUUGUUCCAGUCAUUGGCAGCAGAGAACUGGAAGGAAUGGCGGCCAAAGGAGGUGUUGGCUUUGGGGAUGACCAGUGAGAUAUACCUGCUGGAGCGCAUACUACGGGUGGGUGUUGCUAUGGUGACCAAUGAGCUAAGAUAAGGAGGGGAUUUGCCUAGCAGUGAUUUAUAAAUGACCUGGAGCCAGUGGGUUUGGCGACGAAUAUGUAGUGAGGACCAGCCAACAAGAGCGUACAGGUCACAGUGGUGGGUAGUAUAUGGGGCUUUGGUGACAAAACGGAUGGCACUGUGAUAGACUACAUCCAAUUUGCUGAGUAGAGUGUUGGAGGCUAUUUUGUAAAUGACAUCGCCGAAGUCAAGGAUCGGUAGGAUAGUCAGUUUUACGAGGGCAUGUUUGGCAGCAUGAGUGAAGGAGGCUUUGUUGCGAAAUAGGAAGCCGAUUCUAGAUUUAACUUUGGAUUGGAGAUUCUUAAUGUGAGUCUGGAAGGAGAGUUUACAGUCUAACCAGACACCUAGAUAUUUGUAGUUGUCCACAUACUCUAGGUCAGACCCGUCGAGAGUAGUGAUUCUAGUCGGGUGGGCGGGUGCCAGCAGCGUUCGAUUGAAGAGCAUGCAUUUAGUUUUACUAGUGUUUAAGAGCAGUUGGAGGCUACUGAAGGAGUGUUGUAUGGCAUUGAAGCUCGUUUGGAGGUUUGUUAACACAGUGUCCAAUGAAGGGCCAGAUGUAUACAAAAUGGUGUCGUCUGCGUAGAGGUGGAUCUGAGAGUCACCAGCAGCAAGAGCGACAUCAUUGAUAUACACAGAGAAAAGAGUUGGCCCGAGUUUUGAACCCUGUGGCACCCCCAUAGAGACUGCCAUAGGUCCAGACAACAGGCCCUCCGAUUUCACACAUUGAACUCUAUCUGAGAAGUAGUUGGUGAACCAGGCGAGGCAGUCAUUUGAGAAACCAAGGCUAUUUAGUCUGCCAAUAAGAAUGCGGUGGUUGACAGAGUCGAAAGCCUUGGCCAAGUCGAUGAAGACGGCUGCACAGUACUGUCUAUUAUCAAUCGCGGUUAUAAUAUCGUUUAGGACCUUGAGCGUGAGGUGCACCCAUGACCAGCUCGGAAACCGGAUUGCAUAGCGGAGAAGGUACGGUGGGAUUCGAAAUGGUCGGUGAUCUGUUUGUUAACUUGGCUUUCAAAAACGUUCGAAAGGCAGGGCAGGAUGGAUAUAGGUCUGUAACAGUUUGGAUCUAGAGUGUCACCCCCUUUGAAGAGGGGGAUGACCGCGGCAGCUUUCCAAUCUCUGGGGAUCUCAGACGUUACAAAAGAGAGGUUGAACAGGCUAGUAAUAGGGGUUGCGACAAUUUCGGCGGCUAGUUUUAGAAAGAAAAGGUCCAGAUUGUCUAGCCCAGCUGAUUUGUAGGGGUCCAGAUUUUGCAGCUCUUUCAGAACCAUCAGCUGUCUGAAUUUGUGUGAAGGAGAAGCGGGGGGGGCAUGGGCAAGUUGCAGCGGAGGGUGCAGAGCUGGUGGCCGGGGUAGUGGUAGCCAGGUGGAAAGCAUGGAUAGCCGUAGCAAAAUGCUUGUUGAAAUUCUCGAUUAUUGUAGAUUUAUCGGUGGUGACAGUGUUUCCUAGCCUCAGUGCAGUGGGCAGCUGGGAGGAGGUGCUCUUAUUCUCCAUGGACUUUACAGUGUCCCAAAACUUUUUGGAGUUAGUGCUACAGGAUGCAAAUUUCUGUUUGAAAAAGCUAGCCUUUGCUUUCCUAACUGCUUGUGUAUAUUGGUUCCUGACUUCCCUAAAAAGUUGCAUAUCGCGGGGGCUAUUUGAUGCUAAUGCAGUAUGCCACAGGAUGUUUUUGUGCUGGUCAAGGGCAGUCAAGUCUGAGGAGAACCAGGGGCUAUAUCUGUUCUUAGUUCUGUAUUUUUUGAAUGGGGCAUGUUUAUUUAAGAUUGAGUGGAAAUUACUUUUAAUGAACAACCAGGCAUCCUCUACUGACGGAAUGAGAUCUAUAUCCAUCCAGGAUACCCGGGCCAGGUCAAUUAGAAAGGCCUGCUCACUGAAGUGUUUUAGGGAGCGUUUGACAGUGAUGAGGGGUGGUCGUUUGACCGCGGACCCGUUACGGACGCAGGCAAUAAGGCAGUGAUCGCUGAGAUCCUGGUUGAAGACAGUGGAGGUGUAUUUAGAGGGUAAGUUAGUCAGGAUGAUAUCUAUGAGGGUACCCAUGUUUACGGAUUUAGGGUUGUACCUGGUAGGUUCGUUGAUAAUUUGUGUGAGAUUGAGGGCAUCUAGUUUGGAUUGUAGGAUGGCCGGGGUGUUAAGCAUAUCCCAAUUUAGGUCACCAAGCAGUACGAACUCUGAGGAUAAAUGGGGGGCAAUCAAUACACAUAUGGUGUCCAGGGCACAGAUGGGGGCUGAGGGGGGUCUGUAGCAAGCGGCAACAGUGAGAGACUUAUUUCUGGAAAGGUGGAUUUUUAGAAGUAGAAGCUCAAACUGUUUGGGCACAGACCUGGAUAGUACGAUAGAGCUCUGCAGGCUAUCUCUACAGUAGAUUGCAACCCCACCCCCUUUGGCAGUUCUAUCGAGAUGGAAAAUGUUGUUGUUGGGGAUGGAAAUGUCAGAGUUUUUGGUGGUCUUCCUAAGCCAAGAUUCAGACACUGCUAGAACAUCAGGGUUGGCGGAGUGUGCUAACGCAGUGAAUAACUCAAACUUAGGAAGUAGACUUCUGAUGUUAACGUGCAGAAAACCAAGGCUUUUACGGUUACAGAAGUCAACAAAUGAUAGCUCCUGGGGAGUAGGAGUGAUACUGGGGCCUGCAGGGCCUGUGUUAGCCUCUACAUUACCAGAGGAACAGAGGAGGACUAGAAUAAGGAUACGGCUAAAGGCUUUAAGAACUGGUCUUCUAGUGCGUUGGGUACAGAGAAUAAAAGGGGCAGAUUUCCGGGCGUUGUAUAAAAGAUUCAGGGCAUUAUGUACAGACAAGGAUAUCUAUGUCUAUGUGUCUGUUUAAUCUGUUUGUGUGUCUGAUCUGUCUAAUCUGUCUGUCUAAUCUGUCUGUCUAAUCUGUCUGUCUAAUCUGUCUGUCUAAUCUGUCUGUCUAAUCUGUCUGUCUAAUCUGUCUGUCUAAUCUGUCUGUCUAAUCUGUCUGAUCGUGUCUGUGUGUGUUAGCUCACCGUGGUGCACGCGCCUUCCUGACCCACAGCGGGACCCAUGGUCUGUACGAGGGGGUGUGUCACGCCGUUCCCAUGGUGAUGCUGCCGCUGUUCGGCGACCAGCCUGACAACGCUCAGCGAUUGGCUAGUAAGGGAGUGGGCGUGGUCCUGGAUAUUAAGCAUGUCACCGUGGAAACACUGCUACAGGCGCUGGACAAUGUUGUCAACAACCCCAGGUGAGACGGUCAGUGUGGUCCUGUGUGGCUCAGUUGGUAGUGCAUGGUGCUUGCUACACCAGCCCAGUGUGGGUUCAAUUCCAGCUAAGAAUGUUUCAGUUUUAAAGCAAAUCUCCUGCAAUUUUGCCAUGUUCUAUAGUCCAUCCAUACAGACAGUGUGGUGAAGAAGGCAAACUGCGCCUCUUCAACCUCAGGGGGGCUGAAGAAAUUCAGCUUGUCCCCUAAGACCCUCACAAACCUCUACAGAUGCACCAUUGAGAGCAUCCUGUCGGGCUGUAUCACCGCCUGGUACGGCAACUGCACCGUCCGCAAACGCAGGGCUCUCCAGAGGGUGGUGUGGUCUGCCCAACGCAUCACCGGGGGCAAACUACCAGCCCUCCAGGACACAUACAGCACCCAAUGUCACAGGAAGGCCAAAAAAGAUCAUCAAGGACAUCAACCACCCGAGCCAUGGCCUGUUCACCCCGCUACCAUCUUGAAGGAGGAGACAGUACAGGUGCAUCAAAGCUGGGACCAAGAGACUGAAAAACAGCUUCUAUCUCCAGGCCAUCCGACUGUUAAACAGCCAUCACUAGCUGGCCUCCACCCAGUACCCUGCCCAGAACUUAGUCACUGUCACUAGCCGGCUACCACCCGGCUACCACCCAGCUACCACCCGGCUACUACCCAGCUACCACCCGGCUACCACCCAGCUACCACCCGGCUACCACCCAGCUACCACCCGGCUACCACCCGGCUACCACCCGGCUACCACCCGGCUACCACCCGGCUACCACCCGGCUACCACCCGGCUACCACCCGGCUACCACCCGGCUACCACCCAGCUACCACCCAGCUACCACCCAGCUACCACCCAGCUACCACCCAGCUACCACCCGGCUACCACCCAGCUACCACCCAGCUACCACCCGGCUACCACCCGGCUACCACCCGGCUACCACCCGGUUACACAACCCUGCACCUUAGAAGCUGCUCCCCUAUGUACACAGACAUGGAACACUGGUCACUUUAAUAAUGUUCACCCACUUCAUAUGUCUAUACUGAACCAAAAUAUAAACGCAACAUACAACAAUCAAAGAGUUACAGUUCAUAUAAGGAAAUCAGUCAAUUGAAAUAAAUCCAUUAAGCCCUAAUCUAUAGAUUUCACAUGACUGGGAAUACAGAUAUGCAUCCGUUGGUCACAGAUACCUUUUUUAAAAAAGGUAGGGGCGUGGAUCAGAAAACCAGUCAGUAUCUGGUGUGGCCACCAUUUGCCUCUUGCAGCGCGACACAUCACCUUCACAUAGAGUUGAUCAGGCAGUUGUGGCGUGUCGAAUGUUUUCCCACUCCUCUUCAAUGGCUGUGUGAAGUUGCUGGAUAUUGGCGGGAACACGCUGUCGUACACAUCGAUCCAGAGCAUCCCAAACAUGCUCAAUGGGUGACAUGUCUGGUGAGUAUGCAGGCCAUGGAAGAACUUGGACAUUUUCAGCUUCCAGGAAUUGUGAAAAGAUCCUUGCGACAUGGGGCCGUGCAUUAUCAUGCUGAAACAUGAGGUGAUGGUGGCGGAUGAAUGGCACGACAAUGGACCUCAGGAUCUCGUCACGGUAUCUCUGUGCAUUCAAAUUGCCAUCGAUAAAAUGCAAUUGUUUUCGUUGUCCGUAGCUUAUGCCUGCCAAUACUAUAACCCCACCGCCACCAUGGGGCACUCUGUUCACAAUGUUGACAUCAGCAAACCGCUCUCCCACACGACGCCAUACACGUGGUCAGCGGUUGUGAGGCUGGCUGGAUGUACUGCCAAAUUUUCUAAAAUGACAUUGGAGGCGGCUUACGGUAGAGAAAUUAACAUUAAAUUCUCUGGCAACAGCUCUGGUGGACAUUCCUGCAGUCAGCAUGCCAAUUGCACGUUCCCUCAAAACGUGAGACAUCUGUGGCGUGUUGUGUGACAAAACUGCACAUUUUAGAGUGGCCUUUUAUUGUCCCCAGCACAAGGUGCACCUGUGUAAUGAUCAUGGUAAUCAGUUUCUUGAUAUGCUACACUUGUCAGUUGGAUGGAUUAUCUUGGCAAAGGAGAAAUGCUCACUGACAGGGAUGUAAACAAAUGUGUGCGCCAAAAGUAAUAAGCUUUUUGUGCGAAUGGAAAUAAGCUUUUUGUGCGAAUGGAACAUUUCUGAGAUCUUUUAUUUCAGCUCAUGAAACAUGGGACCAACACUUUACAUGUUGUGUUUAUAUUGUUGUUCAAUGUAUAUACUGUAUUCUAGUCAUGGUUCAUCCUAUAUAACUACUGCUGUCCUCUUCAUAUGUAUAUACUGUAUUCUAGUCAUGGUUCAUCCUAUAUAACUACUGCUGUCCACUUCAUAUGUAUAUACUGUAUUCUAGUCAUGGUUCAUCCUAUAUAACUACUGCUGUCCACUUCAUAUGUAUAUACUGUAUUCUAGUCAUGGUUCAUCCUAUAUAACUACUGCUGUACACACCUUUUCUAUUCAUAUAGUGUCCGUCCUGUCUAUACACACCCUCAUAUACAUAUAUAUUUAUAUUCCGGACUCUGACAUUGCUCGUCCUUAAUUUCUUAAUUCCUUUAUUUAAAUGUUUUGGAUUUCUGUGUAUUGUUAGGUAUUACUGCACUGUAGGAGCUAGAAACACAAACAUUUCGCUGCACCUGCAAAAUAUGUAACCUCCCAAGUUGGCGCAGUGGCUAGCUGUGCGGUCGGGGCUCCUGGGAGCCCUCUGGAGGUCGGGGCUCCUGGGGGCCCUCUGGAGGUCGGGGCUCCUGGGAGCCCUCUGGAGGUCGGGGCUCCUGGGAGCCCUCUGGAGGUCGGGGCUCCUGGGGGCCCGGUUGGUAAUCGGGUCAUGGUGUGUCUCUCUGCAGGUAUAAGUCCAGUGUGCUGAAGCUCUCAGCCAUUCACAAGGACCACCCAGUGGACCCCCUGGAGCUCUCUGUCUAUUGGACAGAGUUUGUGAUGCGCCACAAAGGGGCGGGCCACUUGAGAGCCGCCGCCCAAGACCUCAACUGGUUCCAGUACCACAGCCUGGAUGUGAUUGGCCUGUUGAUCGUUGUGGCAAUGGCCGUUGUCAUGGUGACGUUGAAGUGCUUGUCGCUGUGCGUGCGGAGGUUCACAACCAGGAAGACGAAGCAGGACUGA